GCAGUUGGGCAGCUGCCAUGUUAGGAGGAUGUGAGAGCUAUGAAGCUGCAACCAGCACCAUCAAAGGCAGAGUAGUAGGUGGUCUAUUUGCAGACAUGCAGCCAGUGGGUGGUGAUACAGCACCCACAAACCCCAUAGAGGCAGAUUAAGACUGUCAGUAGCAGGGCCGGUUGUAGGUAUUUUGGUGCCCUGGGCGGAGAAUAGGGGUGUGGCUUAAUACAGGGGGCGAGGUCAGUAACGCCCCCUGUAGUUGUGCCCCCAUUUGUGCCCCCUGUAGCGUAGCGCCGCUUGCGCACACACACACAAAAAAAUAAUACUUACAAUCCCCGCUCCUAACCGCUGCAGACCUCCGCCGGCGCCGCUCCUCUCCUCGGAUCUAUGGGAGAGACAUCAUGACGUCUCUCCCAUAGUACAGCAUACACAGACACUAGAGGUCAACUAUGACCCCUAGCGUCUGUCAGUCCCACAAUGCUGUGCAGUGCGCGAUGACAUCAUCGCGCACCGCACAGCAAAGGUCCUCUCCAGGAAGGGAAACUAGACGCAUAGCGUCCAGUUCCCUUCACUGCGGGGGACCAGCGGGAGACACAGUGGGACACAGUGGGGGGCACAGUAGCGGAUCUUGCCAUGGUGUGGCGCCCUCCGGAAGUCCUGCUUGCCCGUGGCAUGAUCCGCUACUGGUCAGUAGAUACCGAGAGGAGGCACCCCAUUCACAGAGGCUGCUGAAUAAAAGUGCAUCAUCUGUCCAGUCUGCAGUAACCAGCUCUGAGCCGGACAUAAGCGCCUGGAGAGAGGUCUGUAACCCUGCACAUCAGUCCACACACACACCUCCUGGGCUAUUACCGGAAAAGGGUCUGUGACAGUGACAUUGAGUAACGUUCAACAAUGAACUGCCCCAUUAGUAUUUUUAGACCCAGAAUGAUCAUUAUGGGUCAGGAGAGAUUGAGAUUCAGUUCUAGACAGAAGAAUAUACAUAGACUGCAAGUUCUGCACACUUAGUAGCUUUACUACCUAGGAAGAACUACAGUAAGACUGAGCAGCGCAUAAGAGGACACUCCGUUCUUUCUUAGUACCAAAAACAAUAUUAAGUUUAACCUCAAGUACAGACAGAAAAAAGAAGAACCUUUUGCUAAAGAGUUACAGCUGAUAACUCCUUCAACAUAAAUAUAGUAGGAAGAGACCUUCUGGAGUAAAGAGAAAAAGAAACAUUGUUGCUAAAUUAGAGAAGAAGAAAAAAGUGUCAAUUAAGAGUAAUUCACAGAGGAAAGCUCAAUGUCCCUACUGAAAUGCUGCAGUGUACUGUAUGCUGUGCCUAUACACAAUGAGAGCCACAUGAAAUCUACUGUAAGAUAUACUAUACAGCAACUUUGGACACAGUGAUGGUGUGAAGAAGUCCCUUGGUCCAGGAGUGGAAGGGAUUACUGCUGAGAAGCUGACAUAGGACAAAAAAUGGCUGGACAUCCCUUCUGAAAUGGACACAGCUGGAUUACUUUUAGAAGAAGGACUCCGUCUGGAGGGAGUUGCUGAACUCAAGGGAAAAUGGUCUGAUAUGUCUCUAGCUUCAGACAUAGACUUCAUCACUGUCCUACUAGAAAUGUACCAUGGAUUGGAGUGUUUAUGGAAGAUCAAAGCCAAGGGCUAUUCUGAUAAAGUGCAACGGAAUGCGGCCAUGGAGGAGCUAGUGGAGUACAGCAAGCCCUUUGUGUCCGGUGCUGACAAUGAAUGGGUCAAGAAAAAGAUACAGAACCUGCGUACGGUGUUCCUGAAAGAGCAAAAAAAAAUAGAACAGUCCAAAGGGUCUGGAGCAGGUUCUUCACAGAUUUACAAGACCUCGCUCUGGUACUACCCCACACAGGAAUUUGUCCUGGACCAGAAGGCUACCCGGACAGGUUUCACCUCCCUCCCUUGGUCUGCCACACCAGAGCCUGAAGACGGUGACAUAUCUUUGGCUGCAUCUAGUAGAAGUGUGGAGAUUCCCGCCACCCCAGACCUCAGCAUCAUCCAGGAUACGGAGGAAUCCAAGCCCCAAGUUCCUACUUCUGAAACACCAGCUACCCCUGAUACCUCUGCAUCACCAUCUCCUCCGCCGCGCCCCCGGAAGAGAACCCCCCCCAAAAAAAAAAACACAGCAAAGGAGGGCGAAGAUCUCAUUUUUGAGGAAAUCAAGCCAAGACUUGCCCCCCCUCCAUACCACUACUCAAAGUUUGGGGAAUUUAUGGCCUCAGCAAUGUGUAACCUACCCCCGGGUCAAGCGGAGCAGAUUCAGCGUCUCAAUUUAAAGAUGCUGAUCAAAGCACAAAAAUCAAAACUCCAUGAUGAUGUCAUACUAUUCAACCGCUGUCCUCUCGCUCUUCCUCCCAUCCAAUCCCAUCCUAUUCCGCCAUCCCAACCCCAUCUCAUUCCGCCCACCCAACCACGGCCUACUCCCCCACCCACCUGCUCCUCAGCCAUAUACUCUGCUAUGCUGGGGGUAGAGGAGGACAUGCCCCAGUUUGAAAAUUUGUAGGCUUCUUAUAACUCCCAAUAAACAUGUUUCGGUGUAGGCUAUAUGGUGUUUUGGGGGCAGAUUUUUGGGGGAGGAUGCACACAUGCUGUAGGUGCACAAUAGCCCGGGCCCAUUCAUUCUGCACUUUACAGCAUGUGUAUAUUCUCCCAAUCAAAUCUGUGCCCAAAUCACCAUAUAGCCCUCCGUUUUAGGAGUGAAAGUACCACCCCAUAUUUAUUGGGAAUGAAAAGUAAAAUAAACUUCAUAUAUAUAUAUAUAUAUAUAUAUAUAUAUAUAUAUACUAUUUGUUGG